CUUGUAUAAAGAUUUCCCUCUUUUCGCCUCCUAUCUUCCUCUUUCACUUUCACUCCUUCAAUUCCUCUUGCGCCUGUGUUGUGUUGUUCCUAUUCCUCAACCCCUCCAAAACAUACACAACCCCUCCCCCACCAUGUCUGCCCGCCCCCAGAACAUCGGCAUCAAGGCCAUUGAGGUCUACUUCCCAACCCAGUGCGUCGACCAGGCUGAGCUGGAGCAGUACGAUGGCGUUAGUGCUGGCAAGUACACCAUUGGUCUCGGCCAGACCAAGAUGAGCUUCUGCGACGACCGUGAGGACAUCUACUCCAUGGCUCUCACCACCCUCUCCUCCCUCAUGAAGAAGUACAACAUCGACCCCAAGUCCAUUGGCCGCCUCGAGGUCGGCACCGAGACCCUCCUGGACAAGUCCAAGUCCGUCAAGUCUGUCCUCAUGCAGCUCUUCACUCCCUCCGGCAACACCAACAUCGAGGGUAUUGACACCGUCAACGCCUGCUACGGUGGUACCAAUGCUGUCUUCAACAGCAUCAACUGGCUCGAGUCCUCCGCCUGGGACGGCCGCAACGCCAUUGUUGUUUGUGGUGAUAUUGCUCUGUACGCUAAGGGUGCUGCCCGUCCCACCGGUGGUGCUGGCUGCGUUGCCAUGCUGAUUGGCCCCGACGCCCCUAUCGUCUUCGAUGCCGGUCUUCGUGGCUCUUACCUCACCCACGCCUAUGACUUCUACAAGCCCGACCUCACCAGCGAGUACCCCGUUGUUGAUGGCCAGCACUCUCUCCGCUGCUAUACCGAGGCCGUCGAUGCCUGCUACAAGGCCUACCACGCCCGCGAGAAGGUCCUCAAGGCCAACCAGAACGGCACCAACGGUGUCUCCGAUGAGUCCCAGACCGCUCUGGACCACUUUGACUACAUCCUGUACCACGCCCCUACCUGCAAGCUGGUCCAGAAGUCCUACGGCCGUAUGCUCUACAACGACUUCCUGGCCAACCCUUCCCACCCCGCCUUCGCCGAGGUUGCCCCCGAGCUGCGCGAUCUCGACUACACCGCUUCUCUGACCGACAAGGCCGUUGAGAAGACGUUCAUGGCUCUCACCAAGAAGCGCUUCGCCGAGCGUGUGCAGCCCGGUCUUCAGGUUGCCACUCUUUGCGGUAACAUGUACACUGCUACCGUCUACGCCGGCCUGGCCAGUCUCCUGAGCCACGUCACUUUCUCCCCCAGCGAGCCCAAGCGCAUCGCUCUGUUCUCCUACGGCAGUGGUCUGGCUUCGUCCAUGUUCAGUGCCAAGAUCGUCGGUGAUGUCUCCGAGAUGGUUGAGAAGCUGGAUCUUAAGAACCGUCUCGAGUCUCGCACCGUCCUGGCUCCCCAGGCCUACGAUGACAUGUGCCAGCUGCGCGAGCACGCUCACCUGAAGAAGAACUUCAAGCCCACCGGUGGCGUCGAGACUAUCCAGAAGGGUACUUACUACCUCACCGAGGUUGAUGACAUGUUCCGCCGCCAGUACGCCAUCAAGGAGUAAAGAAAAACUCAACCACGCCAUUCUGUCCCAUUUCUUCUGCCGUUGGAUAUGACCCUUGUUUAGACGGUUUCAGAAAAGAUUCCCCCAAGCGUUUUUCAUGCGUUUCUACUUCGGUAUAGAUCAUGCAAGGUCUUGAGCUUUGCUAAUAUUGUUUCAUUUCUUUUUUUUCACAUUUUUUCCUUACUGAGAUUUUUAAUGGCUUGAGCCUUGAGCUAUUUUUCUCGCCUCUUGGCGACGAUGAACGUGAUGAGAUAAGCAGGAUCCUGGUCCAAUCAGAAUUGAGGCCCGGAACUAAAUACCAAAAUUCAAUGAAGAUGAUAUGAACAUUUGCCCUUAUUUUCUCUUUCUCCA